ACCAGGAAUUCUGUUAUUUUCGUUUAGUACCUCGUACCAGUAAAAGUACAACAAUAGAACUCUACUAUUGCUGUAAAUAGUAACAUUUCCUAGUUAUAUAAAAUAAAAUGUUAUAUGUGUAAAAUAUUGAGUAAAUCUUUAUUUAAUCACUAUGGCUGCCGGACCUAUUGCUGAAAGGAAUCAAGAUGCUACUAUCUAUGUGGGUGGCCUUGACGACAGAGUUAGUGAGAGUUUACUAUGGGAGUUGUUUGUACAAUCUGGACCUGUGGUUAAUGUUCAUAUGCCAAAAGAUCGAGUGACACAAACACACCAAGGUUAUGGUUUUGUGGAGUUUAUGGGUGAAGAAGAUGCUGAUUAUGCAAUAAAAGUGAUGAAUAUGAUCAAACUAUAUGGAAAGCCGGUGAGGGUUAAUAAAGCAUCAGCUCAUCAAAAGAAUCUUGAUGUGGGUGCAAAUGUGUUCAUUGGCAACCUGGAUCCUGAAGUUGAUGAAAAACUUUUGUAUGAUACAUUCUCUGCAUUUGGAGUAAUUCUGCAAACACCAAAGGUUAUGCGAGAUCCAGAAACGGGUAACUCGAAGGCGUUUGCAUUUAUAAACUUUGCGUCAUUCGAAGCAUCAGAUGCAGCAAUAGAGGCAAUGAACAAUCAGUAUCUCUGUAAUCGGCCAAUAUCAGUCUCAUAUGCAUUUAAGAAGGAUGUUAAGGGAGAAAGGCACGGAUCAGCUGCUGAAAGGUUGCUGGCGGCGCAAAAUCCCUUGUCCCACGCAGACCGACCUCAUCAGUUAUUCGCGGACGCACCUCCAACAAUUUUGGGACCAAUGAUGAUGGCGCCACCUCCGCCUCCAACGCCUUCCCCAAUGCCGCCACCAGGGCCGCCAAUGAACGCCAGACCCCCACCCCCGUUACCGAUGUCUGCUCCCCCACCGCCCCCAACUUCGAUGCCCCCGCCAGGCCCACCUCCACCACCAGGUCCGCCACCACCACCGCCCCCAUUCCAUCACUUCCCCCCUCCACCGUUCGGACCCCCUGGCUUUGGCCCACCACCGCCACCGGGGGCCAGACCUCCGCCCCCAUGGAGGCCCCCUCCACCUCAAUUCAGACCGCAGUUCCCCCCGCGUGGACCUCCGCCGUUUGGUCAUCCGUCCUUCCCGCACCAUCCCCCGGAACCAAAUUAUAAUUAUUAAGUCGUAAAAUAAGUAAUAAA